GAUCGAUAAAAAACGUGCGAAGGCCGAUUCCUACGUGAGAAAAAACUUGCGACGAGAGGGGAAGUUACUUCAACAAGUUCGACAUCCAAACGUUGUGCAGUUGUUGGAAAUUAUGGAAACCGAAAACAGCUAUUAUCUCGUCACGGAGCUCUGCCAAUCCGGCGAUUUAAUGGACUAUAUUUGUAAGCGGAAGAAGCUGGAUGAAAAGGAAGUUAGGCGGUACAUUGGCCAGAUCGUGUCCGCCGUAGACUACCUCCAUCGAUCGGGAAUACUUCACAGAGAUCUCAAAAUAGAAAAUUUGCUGUUGGAUGAAAACAAAGAUAUCAAGAUAAUAGAUUUCGGACUGAGUAACUCGAUCCGGGUGAUCAACACGGUGGACGGACCGCGCGCCCAGGAGUAUUGCGUCACUCAGUGUGGUAGCCCCGCCUACGCCGCCCCAGAACUCCUAAGUCACAAGAAAUACGGACCGCAGGUCGACAUUUGGAGCAUCGGUGUCAACAUGUAUGCCAUGUUGACAGGAAACCUUCCUUUCACCGUGGAGCCGUUCAACAUCAAAACACUACACAACAAGAUGAUGAAAGGCGACAUGAACCCGAUACCGGUGUCUCUUACCAAAGAGUGUAAAGAUUUGAUGAAGAGGUUUCUAACACCAGACCCCGGCAGACGGAUAGCCCUCAACGAAGUAAUGCGACACCCGUGGUUAACAGAUGGCCAUAACCGAUCUAUCCAUCGACAUCCAUACCCAAACAAACUGAAAGCCGACGAGAUGGACAACUCCAUUUUGAAACAUAUGAGCGAGAACAUGGGUUUCAGAAUGGGGGAAAUCAUCCGCUUUGUUACCGGAAACGUGCCUAGUUCAGCCAACGCCACCUACCAGAUGUUACACCGGAAACACAUUCGAUACAAGGCGGAUCUCAGAGUGAAGGGCAAGGUCCCGGCGACAGACGCCAGGCUUAUCGAACCCACGAGAAUUUCUCUAGUAUUCCAGGAUAUUCCAUCGAAGAAAACCACCAUCGUGCCUUUCAACCCUAAGCUGUUGUCGAAGAGACAGAAGGAUGAGAAUGGAUGCCAGCUCUCGCCUCGCUGUCAUCUUGCGCAUGCGCCGCAUUUUGAGCAUGACGUCACACUGGUGGAAGUAGAUGAGGUGGAAACCAAGGUGGAUACAAGCCGACAAAACCCGCCAGAUAAACCUUCUGUGCCAAAUGAAGUUCAUGUAUCUCAGUCAGCCCCUUCAUCCCCGUCUACACGGCAUCCUCCUCCUCACCCGAUCACUGGCGAAACCAAGCGGCAGCAGAACCAGACGCCAAGAGCUCCACCAAUCAAACACGCAAAAGAUACUCAGAAGUAUUCUCAGGCUACUCCUAGACCAAUCCCGGUCACACGACAUCACGGGCAUGCGCAGACAGCCCGGACGGAAAGCGAUCGUAAGACAUUUCAAACACCUAGGCUGGGUGUUCCUGUGAAAACUGGUCCAUCAUACGGGAAAAAUAAAGUAGUACUAUCACCAAGACCACCCCAAGGUGUUGUUAAUCAAAACGCAGCUGGCCACGCAAAUGGAAGAAUGUUCGUGCAUUUCGGAAAACGGUCCGUCCCUUUUAAAAACGUUCCCCCAUCAACUAGUGUGGAUAUACCGACAGAAGAACCGAAAACCGUGCCCUUAAUAUCUACACCUCAAACACGUGUUCAUGCAAACAUUAGCGCCGACUUUCGACCAGCAAUGAAUAGAACCAUACAGCACGACCUGAAACAGGCAGACACAGUUAAUUCGUACACAAACGAUCAAAAGACGGAAUAUAUCUCGGAAAACAGACCAGCGUCCCCGCUGAAAAAAGCAAAGAUUCACAGGCGGCUGUUGAAACGAGUAAGGAAAGACAUGACAGAGAAAUACAGCACGGACAAGUUAGAUGUAGUGGCUGAGAAACUCUUGUUGGAUGUGAAUCACGCAGAAUCAACAAGCACAAAACCGCAGACGACUGAUUCGGCAAGCAGAAAGGAUUCUUGUCCUGUGUUACAUACAGUAUCACCCCAUUCAGUUAGAACACAGUAGAUGAGUUUCUGGAAAUCAAAUAGCAGCUAUUAUCAUUCAAAGCAAUGUUGAACAGUCCUGAAAUGGGCAUAGACCAAGAGUCUCCAGCAAACAUGGAAUCUGCAUCCAUGUCAGUGUAGGGAAUAUGUCUGAUUUUGUGAGCUAGGGACCUAUUAAGGACCCAAGAUACUACCCGGGGUGGGGAAUACAGUAGCAUGAUCAUAUCCACACUAAGUUCAGACAUGUCUACUUCGGGUCCAAUUGCUACCAUCAUCACAUGCUGGAUCCGGAUCAGGACUGGUGCUUAUAAAAACUUUUUAGAGUCCAGACUCAAGACUCUAAUAAAGUCUGAGACUGUAAUGGCAUGACAACGCCAUACAAAUUGUAUGCGUGUGAGUCAUUAGAGAUUGAGCCUGGACUCUAAACGUAUCAUAAGCAUGGCCCCAGGUACUAUUCUGGUCAGGUCAUAGAGCUUAACGUGCACAUACAGAGCAAGCUGUUGUAGCAAACGCCUGCCAUGGGCAGGAAAGGUUUUGGGGUGAGAGGAGGGAUCGCCCGCGCUGGCAAGUGCAAGAGGACACCAGCAGCCCGACCAGGGUCGGUCGCGGGCUGGGGCAUUUGUAGUGCUAUUGAAUUUUGAAUGUCCCGUAGGAUUAAGUCCAAAAUAUAAAGUUUGCGCAGUUUUCAUGAGGUAAUUUUGAGUCAUAAUUUGGAACGGUUCAUCGAAAAGAAAUGGAGCUAUUUCAGUAAUUUUAACUGAAAUGUAGCUCAUAUUAUUCCGUCCCUGUGUAUGCAUAAUAUAUUAAUUUAAAGGGGAACAACUCUAAUUCUAUUUUGGCAAAUCUUACUUUCGAGAAACAUAGAGCUUGUGCCCAAGAGAAGCAUGUAUAAUAUGCAUGUAUGUCUGAAUGAAUGUUUGCCACGGUGGCUAUCUGCCACGCUCUUGAUUCACUGAUGACGUUUAACAAAGAGGAACAUUAACUUACUGUUUUGUUGUUUAGACUAAUACAUGCAACUAUUUCACCAGUCAACUGCAUACACUGUGUGUACUAUGUACACAUAUUAGCUGGUGUCUAUCCGGAUUGUUUAAAAUCGAGAAUUGUGGCGAUUUUGGAGAGUAGAACAAAGAAAAGAAGAAAGAAACAAGAAUAUAGUAUUUGUUUAUGCGUAUGUGCAGCCAUUUAUCAUUCCAGUCUGUUACUAACAGUGUUAGUUGCAUGUGUGUCUUGAUGAAUUAAUAUGCUGCUCAAACACUGUGAUAAUUCAGUGGAAUUAGUGAAGUUCAUCACAUAGACAAUUUUUAUUAGACUGUGUUAUUUUUCUACUGUACAUGUACUUUAAUUAUCUGCUAUAUUGAUGUAGAGACAUACGUGAUCUCCAUCGAAAGACGGGAAAGUAAAAUCAUGAAGUGUAAGCUAACCUUUAACUAAUUUAAAGCAGUGAUUCUUAACAGUUUUUGUCCCUUCUUCCCAACCCAACGACCUUUCAUGCCAGCAUUUUCCACUCGGUGAUCAUUCACCCCCACCUCACCCCCACUUCCCAAAAUAUUACGAUGCCCCACCCCGAGGAAGAAGUCCGUAAUUAUGUAAUAUUCUAUAAGAGGAAUAUCAUGGAAUGCCUUACACGAUGGUAUGGAAGACGGUUGUGGUGUUUGUUAAGACGC